AAUGCCGGGAUCUAUUGCUGUAAUUGGUUCUCUGAACAUUGACUUCAUCACCCGUACUCCUCGCGUGCCAGCUGGAGGUGAGACGCUUGAAGCCAGCUCUUCAGAUACUGGCUUUGGCGGCAAGGGUGCAAACCAAGCAGUGGCAUGUGCUAGACUAUCACGCAACAGUGAUGGCUCAACACCUGCAGACAGCACACCUAUCAAGGUCAGCAUGGUUGGCUUUGUUGGCGAAGAUUCCUUUGGUUCAGACUUCAUCUCUGCCAUGAAGGAAACCUUUAUCGACACUACUCAUAUUCAAAAGGUUGCUGGCCAAAAGACCGGUAUUGCCAACAUUAUCGUUGAAGAGAAGACUGGAGAAAAUCGUAUCCUCUUCUGCCCGAACGCAAACUUUUCCGGAGCUGGAGAAGUCAAGGAUCUGGUACCUGAGGAUGCGGACGUUGUAGUCUUCCAAUUGGAGAUGCCCCUUGCUCAAGUUGUGCACAACAUCAAGCUCGCACACUCUAAGGGCAAAUAUGAUCUAUAUCAAUACAUUGACUGUCUGAUUAUGAACGAGAGUGAAGCAGACAUUCUCCGCGAAGCCAAAGAAGAGCUGAAGGACGAAGACCUGCCGGAAAUUUGCGAAGCCUUCUUCAAACGUGGUGUCCCCGACAUGGUCGUUAUUACUCUGGGAGCUAAGGGCGUGUAUCAUUCUGCCAGGUCAAGAGGUUCAGGACACACACCUGGUCGCAAGGCGAAGGUUGUCGACACCACUGCUGCUGGCGACACAUUUGUUGGAGGGCUCGCCGUCGAGAUCGCAAAGAACGGAGGCAAGACUCCUGAAGUGCCUGAGAAGAUGAUCGAGUUCGCAAACUCGGCUGCAGCACGUACAGUGGAGAAAGCUGGAGCCAUGGCUGCUAUUCCCUGGUUCAACGAACUA